AUGUCGAACUAUACAACACUCAGUAGUCAAGAUAAUUUUCCCACAGCAGCAACUGUUCUUUGCUGUAAUUGUGGGGCUCCAAUAGAUGGUUCCAAAGGUUUGGUGAUGUGCUAUGAUUGUAUCAAGCUUACGGUCGAUAUCACGCAAGGCAUCCCUAGGGAGGCCAACGUAUCAUAUUGCAGGAACUGUGAAAGGUACUUAUAUCCUCCUUCUCAGUGGGUUAAAGCAGAACUUGAAUCGAGGGAACUAUUAGCGUUAUGUUUGAAAAGAUUAAAAGGCUUGAAUAAGAUCAGAUUGAUCGACGCAUCUUUCAUCUGGACAGAACCUCACUCUCGUCGUAUUAGAGUGAAGAUAACGGUCCAAGGUGAAGCAAUGGAAAAUGCAAUAGUCCAACAGUCUUUUGAAGUGGAGUAUGUGGUGAUUGCCAUGCAAUGUCCUGACUGUGCCAAGUCUUAUACUGCGAACACUUGGAGAGCCUCUGUUCAAGUAAGACAGAAAGUCCCUCACAAAAGAACAUUUUUGUACUUGGAACAGUUAAUUUUAAAACACAAUGCGCACGUUGAUACUGUGUCUAUUAAAGAGGCGAAAGAUGGUUUGGACUUUUUCUAUUCUCAAAGAAAUCAUGCUACAAAAAUGAUGGAUUUUUUAUCCGCAGUUGCUCCGAUCAAAGCAAAAAAAUCUGAGGAGUUAGUGAGUACAAAUAUCCAUUCUGGGUCAUCGUCUUACAAGUUUACAUUUUCAGUUGAAAUAGCUCCGAUUUGCAGAGAUGACUUAGUGGUCAUCCCAAAGAAGUUGGCCAAUUCUAUGGGCAACAUUUCUCGCUUGGUAUUAUGCCUGAAGAUUUCCAACAUGAUUCAGUUCUUAGAUCCUGCGACACUUCAAACUGCAGAUUUGAAUGCUGCUACAUAUUGGAGAUCCGCAUUUCCAUCAUUGUUGGAUGUCACACAACUCAUUGAAUUUAUUGUCUUGGACGUUGAGCCAACAGGUGAUAUUCGAGGUAAGCAUGUUUUGGCAGAUAUAACAGUUACUAGGGAUAGCGAUUUGGGCUCUAACGAUAAUUCCUUUUACGUGAGGUCGCACCUUGGUGCAAUUUUGCAUCCAGGAGACUCGUGUCUCGGUUAUUAUUUAACCAAUUCUAACAUCAAUUCAGAAUUGUGGGAUACUUUAGAUACAGAUAAUGCCCCAGAGGUAAUCUUAGUCAAGAAACAUUAUCCAAGAAAAUCUCGUAAAUCAAAGAAUAGACAAUGGAAAUUGAAAAGAAUGGCACGGGAACAUAAUGAUAUUAUCGCAAAUACUGAGUCAAGGCAAGCUAGACAAGAUCAAGAACGAGCAGAAAGAGAUUAUGAAAUUUUCCUUAGAGAGUUGGAAGAAGAUGAAGAAUUGAGGCAAACUGUGAAUAUGUACAAAGCAGGUGAGAAUCAGUAUGUUACAAAUGGAGAUGACGAUGAAAUUGAAGAUGACGAAGAUGCUCCUCAAUUCAAUGUCGAUGAGUUGUUGGAUGAAAUUGAUGAAAUGACUUUAGAUGGUUAA